AUGCUCUUGCUCGCUUCCGGCCAGGCCGCAGCAGGCUACCUCGCCUCGCCGGCGCCUCGUGCCGUGCGGGAGCAUCGCGUCGGCGGCGCCUCGUGCUCGCGGCUGCGCUCGCCGGUGGCGAUGCGCUGGGGCGAGCGCCUCGACAAGGAGAGCAUCGGCGACCCGGAGGCGAAGCCGACGGCGCUGCAGAAGGACCACGGCAAGCUCAUCAUCACGCUGGCGACGACGGGCAACAUCAACACAAAGGAGCGGAAUCCGGCGCUCCCGUGCUCGCCGGAGGAGAUGGCGGACGACAUGCACGAGUGCAUCAAGCUGGGCGUGUCGGUGCUGCACAUCCACGCUCGGGACGAGAACAACAAGCCGACGAUGCGUGUGGACAAAUUCCGCGAGACGGUGCGGCGGGUGAAGGAGCGCGAUCCCGACGUGGUGAUCCAGAUCUCGACGGGCGGCCGCGCGCCGCUCGACGGCGUCGACCCGGGCACCUGGCGGAUGGACCCGCUCAACCUGAAGCCCGAGAUGGCGUCCUACACGCCCGGCUCGGUGAACCUCGGCCCCAUCGUCUACCAGAACAACGCCAAGCUCGUGCAGGACAUGGCGCAGCGCUUCUGCGAGACGGGCAUCAAGCCGCAGGUGGAGGUGUUCGACACGAACAUGAUCUCGAACUGCGACCUGCUGGUCAAGCAGGGGCUGCUCAAGCGGCCCAUCGACUUUGGCUUCGUGAUGGGCGCGCCCGGCGCGCAGGAGUGCUCGCUGCGCCAGCUCGGCCACCUGACCAGCAUGCUGCAGCCCGGAGACACGUGGACGUCCAUCGGCAUCGGAAAGUUCGAGAUGCCGCUCGCCUACAUGGCGAUCGCGAUGGGGGGGCACGUGCGGGUCGGGCUCGAGGACAACAACAAGACGCCCGACGGCAAGCUCGCCACCAACUACGAGCUGGUCAAGCACAUCGUCGACGUGGCAAAGGCGGACGAGAUCCUGCCGCAGCUCGACCCGUCGGUGCCGCUCGACUCGCUCGUCUCGGACUGGAGCCCGUACGCGGACCUCGAGCAGAGCGAAGGCCCGUCACUCGAGCUGAGGCCGAGGGCGGGCCUGUAG